AAUGACUGUUUCAGUUUACAAUACCGCUCACAACAAGAAAUUAGACAAAUCUGCUCACCACUGCCCUGCCCACACGUCCUCACAACAAAACGACUCCACUGAUUUGCACAUUAAUAAACUUGUUUCGGGUUUUCCCUGAACGAAGUGUAAAGGCAGGCCUAUCUUUCAUUAGGAGUAUGAAUAUCAAUAUACUUAGCUUUCAGCGUUCUACGCAAAUUGUGAUUGAAACUUAAAGCUAGAAGAGUUGUGUUUAUGAUGAUUGUUUAAAAAUCAGUCAACUUUUUCUCAAACGCAAAUUGAGAUCAAUAAAAGCACGACAAAUAGUAGAUUUACGCUUUUAUAUGAUGAGACUUUAACAGGGAAACAUGGUUCGACUACUCACGACAAGAUGUCAAAUUAUCAAGAAAGACAAGAUGAAGAAUUUCAAGUUCUAGAGUCAAUAUUUGGUGACGAUUUGGAAGACUUGCGGAAAAAAGUAGCAUGGAAAGUUGCUCGCCCCCUGGAGCUAAUACUGUCUCUGAAACCUCAGCAGAGCACAGGAGGGGAAGGACAGGUGUAUGCUCAAGUAGACAUGGUCAUCAAAUGUCCUCCACGCUAUCCUGAUGUGGCUCCAAACAUAUCACUGUGCAAUCCAAAGGGACUCUCUGAUCAGCUUCUCAAUGAUUUAAAAACUCAGCUCAAUGAUGAGGCUGCCAAGCAUGUGGGGGAGGUGAUGGUGUGGCAGCUGGCUAACAGUGUCCAGGCAUUUCUCCGUAAGAACAACCGGCCGCCCCCUCAGUCGUUCUACGAGCAGAUGAUCACGAACAAACGGGAACAACAGGAAAGGAACAAAGAACUGGAGAGGAAAAGAGAAGAACAGAAGGUUUUCGUUUUUGUUUCCAAACAACAGAGGCAGCAAAUUGAACUUGAGGUACUUCGGCAACAGGAAGCUUUGCGGCAUGAGACCCGGCGACGAAGAGUGGACCAAAAAACGACGGACACGAGCACCCCUCUGUUUGCACCAGGUGUCAGUACGUUCAGCCCGUCUCCCUCCCCAAUUGUCCCCCCUUCCCCACAGCGAGGCAACCGCCCGGUGUCCCCUGUGACUCCAGUGUUACCUCCAGGGACACCCACCAAAGCUGUGAAUGUCCCGUUACGACGCAGACGAGCAAGCACACCGAAGAGGUCAUCAGAGGGUGAUGAGUACAGCCUCAGCCCCUGCAAGGACCACAUGCUAGGAGUCUCUACAAUGACAUUUGUCAGUAAUAAAACUGACACCAGAACCGUACAGAGGGGCAAGUGCCUUGGUCACAGCCCCAGAGGGAGAACAACGUAUGCAGGUAUGGACAGCUCGACCGGUGAGCUUGUGGCGGUGGCUGAGUGGGUCCUAAAGUGGCGAAACUUCAGCAAGCGGGCCAGCACUCAGGACAAAGGGGAGGACAAGGAGGGGGCCUCGCAUCUCAAGCAGGUUUUGAACAUUGAACAAGAGUUUCUGACAUUGUCACGCCUGAGCCACUCUCACCUGGUCCACUACCUAGCAUUCCGGCACCAGUACGACCCUGGCAAGAUCACAGUACAGGUUCUCAUGGAGUUCUCCGGAGGCACGAGCCUAUCGGUGUAUGCCAGACGAAAGGACCCACUACCUCUCAGUGUCCUCAGGGGAUAUAUAUCAGAAAUCUUAGACGCCUUACAGUACUUACAUAAGAAUGCAGUUGUUCACAGGAAUUUGAGGCCUUCAAGUGUCUUCAUUGACAGUGGAGGAAGGGUGCGCAUAGGUGACUUUGGUAUCGACAAAAAGUUAUGUGAUUUGUAUGAUAGUGUAGACAAAGCGCGGCCUGGGGUUCACUUCUAUGACUCUCAGCCGAUGGUGUUGGGUCGAGGAGGUCAGCGUGGAGACAUCUAUCAGCUGGGCCUCAUGAUCCUCACACUGGUGCUCGGCCAACCUAUCCUGGACGUAAUCCCUGAAAUCCCCACCAACCUACCGGCUGUGCUGCAGAACUUUUUAGACAAGUGCUUACUCAAAGACGAGAGGCUUCGAUGGACAGCAGCCCAGCUGAGGGAACAUGGCCUCUUGAAAGAGCCUCUUCCCUCAGCACCUAUCAGCAGCUCAGUCACUCAACUGAAGAACAAAGACAACAAUGAUGACCUCGGUGUGACGAGUGAGGAGUUACUGGACAAGAAGGAGGAAGAGUUUGAGUACCUGAUCAGUCUGGUGGCCAGCGGUCAGUCAAGGCUUGCCUCAGAGUUUGAGCUGCUUAAGGUGCUCGGCAAGGGAGGAUUUGGAGAUGUCCUUAAGGUAAAGAACAAACUGGACGGGAGGUUCUACGCCAUCAAGCGGAUACCUCUCAACCCCAAGAGCAAAAUGUUCAACAAGAAGAUGACGAGAGAGGUGAAGCUGCUCUCCCGACUCAGCCAUGAGAAUGUUGUCAGAUACUACUGCUCGUGGAUCGAGGUGAGCGACGACCCGAUCCACUCCGAGAGUUCCUCCAGCUACACGGCAUCCACUCAGCCGCCCGAAGUCCCCCUGGCCUCCAAAAGGGCGCCACACAUCGUGCGCAGUAUCCCGCUGACACGCACACCCGUUCUGAAGGCUGGGGUCAAGUCAGCCAACUCCAGCUUUGACCCUGUGGGGGACGUCGAACAUCUCGUGCCACGGGCAGGGGAUGAAAGUGUGGAGUGGCUUACGUCCUUUGACAAAGGGGUGAACACGCUCUUCGACUCCUCCUCCGAUGAAGAAGACGAGGCAGAUGUCUUUGGGCUGUCUUUUCUACCUAAAGGCGAUGCGUCUGAUGACAGUAUUGUGUUUGACACAGAUGAAAAGGACAGCACGGCAGAGUCGCAUGCACAGAAUGCGACUUCGGUUGAGCCCAACACUCCCAACACCCAGGAGGCAGAGAUGGAACCGGAUGAGUUGACAGUGAAGAUUUUGUACAUACAGAUGGAGUACUGCGAGAAGAGCACCUUGAGGAGUUGCAUCGACUCUGGCCUCUCCCUGGACAUGGACCGCGUCUGGCGUCUGUUCCGCGAGAUUAUCGAGGGCCUUGUACACAUACAUGGACAGGGCAUGAUCCACCGAGACCUGAAGCCCGUCAACAUUUUCCUGGACUCCCAAGAUCACGUGAAGAUUGGAGAUUUCGGACUGGCCACCACGGACAUUCUUGUGAAACAAGGGGCCCUGAUGGACCUCACUCUCCCGUCCCCUCAUGAGGUGGCCUUGAACUUGUCUCAUUCGGCCAGCGGAGAGGGCAAUUUGACUGGCAAAGUGGGCACUGCUCUCUACGUCAGUCCUGAGGUGAUGGAAGGAGGGGGCAAAGUUCGCUAUGACCAGAAAGUGGACAUCUACAGCCUGGGUAUCAUAUUCUUCGAGAUGUGCCACAAGAGUCUGCCCACAGGCAUGGAGAGGGUAAAGAUUCUAAGCAAUCUAAGGACACCAUACAUCAUCUUGCCAGAGGACUUUAAUGGCAACGGUCUCUCUAAUCAGGCUCAGCUGAUCCGCUGGUUGUUGAACCAUGACCCGUCAUUACGACCGACGUCCAAGCAGCUUCUGUCCAGCGACCUGCUCCCAGCUCCACAGGUUCACGACACAGAGCUCGGCGAGAUCCUGCGCUCAACGGUGUGCAACCCCCAGUCCUCACAGCACCGCCACAUGCUCAGCGUCAUCUUUGGGCAGAGUGUGCUGCCCGUAUAUGACUUCACUUACGACCAGGAAAUCUAUGAGAACAUGGUGACCCAGAAAAGGGCGCUACUCCAGCAGCAAGUGGAGACAACUUUGACCCAGCUGCUGGUGAGCCACGGAGCCGUGCGGAUUCCGCUGCCCAUGUUCAUGCCCAAGUCGAGCGUGUACCAGAACGCAGAGCAGCUGGUGCAGUUCAUGGACCAUCGGGGCAGCCUCGUGGCCGUGCCGCUGGACCUCAGGGUACCUUUCGCCCGUUAUGUUGGACGAAAUAACAUCCAGUCUAUGAAGAGAUUUGCCAUUGAGAAAGUGUUCAGAGAGAAAAAGUUUUAUAACAUCCUGUACAAUGUCCACCCAAGAGAGCUGACCGAGUGUGACUUUGACAUCAUCACUUCCUCCGGAAGUUUGAUACCAGAUGCUGAGGUGCUGACCGUGGUUCAAGAGGUCAUCGACUUGUUCCCCUCUCUCCAGAAUCGCAAGUAUUGUGUUAGGAUCAAUCACAUGUCGGUGCUCAAGGCAAUUCUGCUCCACUGUGGCAUACCAGAGACGACACAUCAGAGGGCGUUGACCUUGUUGGCAGAGACUAUGAAUAAUAAAGCCAAGAGAACUGCUGCCCUUGAGUCUGAGCUGAAGGUGAAGGUCACAGAACAGCUCUCUGCACUGUUGGAUACAGAGGGGCCACUAGGGAAAAUCUCAAGCAUCUUACGCUGCAUCACGAAGACCAUGGGUCAGGCGAGCACGUUAGCAAAGAGUGGCCUUCACGACCUUGAACAUAUUCUGUCACAUGCCACAAGUCUGGGGCUCAAGCUGGAGGUGCUCGUGUCUCUGGGCCUCAUCUACAACCCCCAGCAGUAUUCCGGCGUCGUCUUCCAGGUCAUGUGCGACAACAGGAAGAAGAAGCGAGUUGUGCGAGAGGUUCUGGCCGCCGGGGGUCGCUAUGACAAAUUGAUUGAGAGGUUUGUGUCUCCGCUUCACUCCACUAGCCGGCCGGGUCACGGGGUCGGGGUGAGCAUCUCUUUCGACAAGCUGGUGGCUGUGGUGGAAGAGGAGGAGCAGAGCUCACAGUUAUCUCCGUGUGAUGUCAUUGUCUGCACUGUUGGCCAUCAGAUGAUGGUCAAAGAGAGACUCGCAAUCGGCCGGGAUUUGUGGGCUGCAGGGUUCAGGACAGAUGUCCUUUUCGACAAGACUGAGGAUUUUGAUGAACUGCAAGAGAACUGCAGGAACAAAGGAAUUUCUCACAUCAUAAUACUGAAGGAUGGUGAAACGUCUGCUGUAAAGGUGCGAACCCUGGACAAGGAGCGAAUGACUGAGAAAACUGUAAUGGUGCACCAGCUGGUGGAGUAUCUACAGAGAAAAACAGCGGAUAGGAGUGAUCCCCAAGAGUUGGCCUGUGGCCGAGACACACGCUUUGUGGCCAAGGAGAGCCCCAGCUACGGCUACGGCGACAGCACCUACAACGUGGCCACCACCAACACCAACAGCGGCGCAACCUCCUUCAACUACAACAUCGUCUUUCUCUUACAGGAUAAAGGAGCCAAGAAUUCGCAUGCUAACUCACACACGUACCGACGCAGACAUGAGGCUCUGAUUGCAGGUAAAGUGUCCACCCAGUUCCCGUGGUUACCAGAGAAGAACCUGGAGGUUUUGGCCCUGGACAUGCCCACAUCAUGCAUCAAAACGAUACAGGCCUACAUAGAGCUGGGCGACCAGGCAGCCUUCGAGACCAGCAUUGGGACCAUCAUGGAGAAACAAGCCAAGCUGAGGAAAUAUCUGGUGGGAGUCUGUGACACAAUCCAUGAUCUGAGAUUCAAGAAAAAGUGCAAUUUUAUCUUGCUGUACAGUACCAAAGAGGAGACGCUGCAGCUGCUGACAUGACCCUGGGACCCGCCCUUCACCUCUCUACUUACAGUACAGUGUUACAGGAUGUGUUUUAAAAGCUCAGCGAUUCACUUGCCUCCACUCCUCCUUCCACCCCCCACCCUUCCCUGUGCCCUUCUGUUGUUUUUCAGAAGAUCUCUGAAUUGCCACCGUGCUGUAAAACUAUAAUGCUCAAAUGAGGGUGGCCCACCCUCUAAAAAAGUAGGGUUAAGUAUUUUGUGUUGAUUUGAAUGAUGUACUUAUUGCGGAGUCUGCGUUAGAAAAUAGUAUGCCAAAA